UGACAAGCUGUGAUGCUGCACCGACUUAGAUGAGACUUGGAUCCCUUCCCUUGGUCCGCAUAUGCAGCGUGAGACAGGCAGCGGGGCUUGGUGCGUUCAGGUGGACCUCAGCUGAUGCGUAUAAGGGCUGCUGACGACUUGCCGAGCAGAUUUUACUCCUCAACGGGUUGACCUGUUACAAGUGCAGUUUUCUUUUUCUUUUCUUUUUUUACACAGUUUUCAGAUUAAACGGCACUCUUUCCACACUUAACCAUGGACGAUCCCUCAUGUGAAGUGGGCGAAGUGGGGAUAAAACGCUCCGAAAUAAAACAGCAUUUCUCUGGCUAGAAUAAUAGGACUUGUAGAGUUUAAACCAUCGGGGGAAUUUUGGCGUGGAAGUAACACCCAGACUAGAAUCCAGCAUGGAUGUGAUACUGGAGGAGAUCAAGCACACGUCCCCACAGGCUGUACUGCUGGCAUCUCUCGCGUUGCUGGUUUCCCUUCACCUGUGGCGCUGGCUCCGGCAGGGCAUCCGCAGCCCGCCCGGACCUUUCGCGUGGCCGCUCAUCGGGAACGCCGCGCAACUUGGCAACGCGCCCCACGUCUACUUCACGCGCUUGGUGAAGAAGUACGGCAACGUGUUCCAGAUCAAACUGGGCUGCCGCAACGUCGUGGUGUUGAACGGCGACUCCAUCAAGCAGGCGCUGGUCAAACGCGGGCACGACUUCGCCGGCAGACCGGAUUUUACGUCUUUCCAGUGCGUGUCCGGCGGGGACAGCCUUGCCUUCGGCCCCUUCAGCGACUGGUGGAAGGUGCACCGCAAAGUGGCCCAGUCCACCGUGCGGAUGUUUUCCACCAAGAACGAGAGCACCAAAAAGACUUUCGAGAGGCACAUCCUCUGCGAAUUCAGGGAACUCAUCCACCUUUUCGCCGGGAAAACGCGGGAGGAGAAAUAUUUCCAGCCCAUGACGUUCCUCGUGGUCUCCACGGCCAACAUCAUGAGCGCGGUGUGCUUCGGGAAGCGAUAUUCCUACGAUGACCGGGAGUUCCGGCAGGUGGUGGGGCGCAACGACCAGUUCACCCGCACGGUGGGCGCCGGAAGUAUAGUGGACGUCAUGCCGUGGCUGCAGUACUUCCCCAACCCCAUCAAAACCAUGUUCGAGAACUUCAAAUCUCUCAAUGUGGAAUUUAGCGCGUUCAUCCGAGAUAAAGUCGUGCAGCAUCGGAAAACCGUCCAGUCCAGCAUCAUCAGGGACAUGACGGACGCCUUCAUACUGGCGCUGGACCAGAUCCGGGAGAGCGCCGCGGAGGCUCCCGAUGGGAAGGAUUACGUGGCCGCCACGGUUGGCGACAUUUUCGGAGCAAGCCAAGACACACUGUCGACUGCCUUCCAGUGGAUCAUCUUGAUAAUUGUGAGGUAUCCUGAGAUGCAGCAACAACUCCAGCAGGAAGUGGACCGGGUGGUGGACCGCAGCCGUCUGCCCAGCGCUGAGGACCAGCCCCAGCUGCCUUACGUCACGGCUUUCAUCUACGAGGUGCUGCGCUUUACCAGUUUCGUGCCGCUCACCAUUCCCCACUCCACAACCACAGACACCACCGUCAUGGGCUACACCUUACCAAAGAACACAGUGAUCUUUAUCAACCAGUGGUCAAUCAACCAUGAUCCGGCCAUAUGGACGGAGCCGGAACGCUUUGAACCCCGGCGUUUCCUGGACCAGCAUGGGGCCCUGAACAAGGACCUGACCAGCAGCGUGCUCAUCUUCUCUCUGGGGAAGCGACGGUGCAUUGGCGAGGACCUGUCCAAGAUGCAACUCUUCCUCUUCACGGCCCUGCUGGCUCACCAGUGCCACAUCACUCCAGACCCGGCCAAGCCGCUCCACCUCGACUAUGAUUACGGCCUAACCCUGAAGCCUCACCCCUACUCUAUAGCAGUAUCUCUACGAGAUAAUACAGACCUUUUGGAUGAAGUUAGCAGACAGUCUUUAAACUGAGACCCCCGGGAGAUCGUCGAUGAGCUCCGAGCACGCUAACAAAAUUUAGCUGAAAUCAUAACAAACUAUGAUAAAGCAAUUAAUGAAGGUUGAAGGACAAAACACUCAAGAUACUCGUGAACUGUAGUGCAUCUUUAUGUAGGCCUACAACCCAGGUGUCAUCUGAAUAGUAUGGAAACUAUAUUUAUAAGCUGGACACUCGAGCAAAAUGCUUAUGUUCUACACAGACACAUUUUUUUUAUUCUUUAUAUGACAUUUUGACAGAUAUUAGAGCCUUGAUUUGCUUUUAAUUUAUUUUUUUUUGGAAUUUUUUUUCAGCACUCUGAACAGUUCUUUCAGUUGUGUAAUCUGUUGCACUGGACACAGAAAACAUGGUUUAUACACUGCAGGCCCAGCAUACCACCCAGGAGAAGACCUGGGAGCAAUCUUUUACUUGUUGCCCAUUAACAUUUCACACGCCAUGGGGCAGCAACGACAAUAAAACGUGCAAGGAAUUAGUAUAUUUAUUCAGUUUGAUCACGUCCAACUAACCUAUAAGGCCUCAUUUAUGAAACGUUCUCAUGGAAAAAUUGGUUCUCACACACUAAUGGGUUGUUUUAGCCCCCAGUUUUGUCUUAUAGAGAAGACACAGAGCCUGGAAAACCCUUGAAUUUAGACAACAACUGGCUAACAGUGAUGUCUUUGCAAGACUGAGUGAUUGCUAGUUGCAAAAGGUAGACAGUGUAUGUCAGGGGGACGGAGUUACAAAUAACUAUCACGCUUUGCCUGUUUCUGUAAGACAAACCUGGGGGCUAAAAAUUCCAUGAGGGUUCAAGAACAAAUUUAUGUGUAUGAACAUUUCAUUUUGCCUCACGGCAAGAGGGUCCUGGGUUCAAGCCCCCGGGGUAGUCCAACCUUGGGGGUCAUCCCAGGUUGUCCUCUGUGUGGCGUUUGCAUGUUCUCCCCAUGUCUGCAUGGGUUUCCCCCGGGUGCUCCGAUUUCCUCCCACAGUCCAAAGACAUGUAGGACUAAAUUGUCCCUAGUUGUGAAUGUGUGUGUGUGUGUGGGCCCUGUGAUGGACUGGCGGCCUGUCCAGGGUGUCUCCCAACCUGCCGCCCAAUGACUGCUGGGAUAGGCUCCAGCAUCUCCGCUACCCGAAUUCGGAUAAGCAGCUUGGAUAAUGGAUGGAUGGAUGGAUGGAUGAACAUUUCUAUAAACGAGGCCCCUAGUUCUCACCCCAUGGAACAGAACUAUGGCUUCCUUGAUGAACUGUAACAAUAUAGUAUCUAUAUUUUUAUCACAAAUUACCUGUCUGGCUCUUAAAAAACCGAGUUUUGGUUAAACGUCCACCACUGGAAAACAGUUAGAUCUCAAAACAUGCAGCACUGUGGCAGAAUGGCCUCUAAAAUACCCACAUGGUAGGUAGAGGAUAUGAAUUAUUAUUGAUGAGGAGCCCGUCAGUGUUUAGAAAUCACAAUACACACCACACGACAUAUGACAUUUACAAGACUCGAGGUAAGGAUUGUGACCAAUAAUGCAGUAAUCCUGCCACAAGCUAAUAAGUUUCUGCAACGCAUCAGUCCUUUAGCCUAGCAUAUUGCCUCCUACAAUGACAUUAGCAAUAGCAAGUAAAAACGUAGUAGUUUUAAGAAUACUUACAUAGCAUAAGUGCAUAGUAACUCAGGAACAGUGUCUAUGAAAUGCCAAAUGUUUUACAUAGGACGUUUUUUUUUAACAUAUUCUGAAAUCAACAUGCAGAUUUCCAAAGGACUCGGCUCAAGAGCACAAAGGGUACACGAGACAUUAACAGUUAACUUGCUGCGGGUAUUGUUUGCAAAUGUUACUUGGGUCCGUAAACUGUUUUACAACACAUCUAACUGUAUAAAAAUAUACUAAUGUUAGAUCUAUAUUAGAUCAGUGUUAUUUAAUCAAUCAUUUAUUUUCUAUUUUUGAUGUCUCACAAUGGGUAUUCCACUGUGUAUAAGCUUGAAUGUAACAGAAUGCUGCUCUUGGAAAACUCCUUUUACCCCGUCACCUUCAUUCCCUUUUGAAGAUGCCAAUUAACCAAAUGAUUAAGUCUUCAUGUGAUCUUGGAAUAGAGAAUACAAUCAUAUGGUCAAAAGUACAAACACUGGGACAAUUGGGUAGAAUAUUUUAUAUUUCCCUGCUGCAGACUCGUCUAAUUUUUUCUCAAAUAUAUAUAUAUAUAUAUAUAUAUAUAUAUAUAUGUGUGUGUGUGUGUGUGUGUGUGAGAUGCAAAAUUACAUAAUGAGAGGAAAGUCUCAUCUUUAUGUGUGAGCAUUUACUACCUACCGCCUGUCAUUGGCGAGAUAUCAUGCUGAUGUCCUGCACUGAUGUGCUGCUGUCUCACAGAGAAACGGCUGGAAAUAAUGUGAACAUAGUGUAUGUAGUGUGAUUUUAAUGGGUAAAGUUCAGACAAGCACCGCGCAAGUCUCACUUCUCUCUGGUUUGGCUUUUCAUGGACGUGAGCAUAUGCUCAUUAAGAUGAAUAAAGUACUCGUUUAGAGGACGUCUGAACCCAGAUUCUUGACAAACUCGUUGAUUCUGGUCUGUCACCCGUCCACAUUAUCUUCAUUUGAACGGUGUUUCUGCAGGAGUGAAAUACGAUUUCAGUUGUAGGGUUCACUCGGUCCUACUGUGGUAAAUUGUGCAAGGGUGUAUUUGAUAACAUAAUUGACUAAAUGUUCGUGCCAUUGAAAUUAUUCAUCUUUCCGUGAUGAAGCACCAGAUGAAAGGGUUACUUCAGCAUGCUUACCCCCAAGCUAAUUUUCCUCAUAGAAACUCCAAUUAAAAUGCAUUGAGGUGCAGCAGGCUGUGCUUAGGGACUUGGCAGCGAGGAAGAGCUUGAUGAUCAACGGUCUGAUGAUGCUGGUGGCCAGCUACCCUGAGAACAGGACAUGCAUAUUUUGUGACUGAGUUACUGCAUACCAAUUUUAUCUCUAAACUUUUAUUCAGUUUAUGUUAAGAUGCUCCCACGCUUAACUUUCUUUUAAUUACGGAAACUGAACUCAACAGCUGUCACCUUUCUAACAUACUACAGCGACGAUGGUCAAGAAGCUGUCUCCCGUCAAAUACGGAUUCUUUGUAUCGUCACAUCAUUCACACAUUUUGUCAGGAUGUAGUUAAAUUAGCACAAGUUGUUUUUAAUUCUUAACUUUAGCAAUAGUUAAUCUCUUGUCUAUGUCACCGCACCUGUGAUGUUGUUCUUCAGAGUAUUUCGUACCCUCUUGCUUUAGAGAAUGAUAAGCUGUUUUGAUUGACACUGUACAGUAAUACAAAAUAAACAGAGAUAUAAACUCC